AUGAGGUUACUCAACGUUCACACCCUCAAAUUACAUACAUUUUACGGUGAUGCCAUACCACCAUACGCUAUUCUCUCACACACGUGGCUUCAAGAUGCUCAGGAAGUUACGUUUUCGCAGCUUCAAGCUGAUCCCGUCAGCUGGCGCAAUAUCGAGGGCUCUCUUAAAAUCGACUUCUUGUGUCAGCAGGCGAUCAAUGACGGCUACGACUACGCCUGGAUGGACACCUGUUGCAUCGACAAGACCAACAACUCCGAGCUUUCUGAGGCCAUCAAUUCCAUGUUUCAAUGGUACCAAAAGUCGAGAGUGUGCUAUGCGUAUAUGGCAGACGUCGAGUAUGGGUCGGAGGUUGAUUUGAUGAGCAGUCGGUGGUGGAGCCGGGCCUGGACUUUGCAGGAACUUCUCGCACCGAGGGACGUCAAGUUUUACGAUACGCACUGGCGAUUGAUUGGCACAAAGAACGACCUGAGUGAGUCCAUUUAUAGCAAUACUGGCAUUAACCUGGAGACAUUACGGGACCCGCAGUGCAUAUCUGAAAGCUGUGUUGCUCAAAGAAUGUCUUGGGCAGCGCAACGUCAAGCUACCAGAACUGAAGAUCUCGCAUAUUCACUUCUUGGCAUCUUUGGAAUCAACAUGCCAUUGCAAUAUGGAGAAGGCAAAGGCGCCUUCGUACGACUCCAACAAGAGAUCCUCAAAACGAAAAACGAUCAAUCAUUGUUCGCCUGG